UUCCGGUCUCGCGGAAGUUGCCAUAACAACCUCGAAGCUAUCACGACAAAUGGAUUGUCGCAGCGCUAGCAGUUACUAGGUAACUUCACACAAAUAUAACGAACUCGUGUUUUUAUUUUUAUUGUAGAAGCGUCGUAAAAGUUGGAGGAAGCAUUUUUUGGAAAAAUGACGUCACUGCAACUUGCGAUGGACUCUGAUAGAGAACUCGAGAGAGGAAAAAGAAUAAACAACAUAUUUGUGACCCAGUCAGCAGACACCAGUGAGAUAACAGAAGAUGAUGUCACCUGCCCUGUUACUUCAGAGACAUCAAGAGAUAUUCUACAAGCUGGAGUGACCACUUUAAAAAAGAACAUGGUCAUGAAGAAGAAGGCUGAGCUGGAUGAGAUGGACGUGCAGCUCGCACUCAAACGCCACGAGUUUAAAAGCUGCAUGGAGGCUUUGGCUGCCAGGAGGUCCGAGCUGGAAACUAAACAGCAACAGACACAAGAGAGGGUGGAGAAAUUUGAGAAGUUUGUUGGUGAAAAUGAAGCGAAGCGCCGUAAAGCUCUACAGAAGUGUGAAGCUACACGCCAUCAGAACAUUUUAAAACAAAGAGAGAUUGAAGAUUUGGCAGAACAACUUAAAAAGCUAAGAACCAGGAAGCAAAUUUUAAAAGACAGAAUGAAAAAGUACAAAAUCUAUGAGGACUAUUUAAUGAAAACUCUCAAUUUCCUACCUAGAGCCCACCACGAUGAUGGGUACGAAUCCCUGGUCAUGCCCAUCAUACGGCGCCACAAGACUCUGUCCGUCACCCACCAGGAGCUUCAACAGCGUUUGGGCCAAAUGGAAACAGAAGCAGAGGAGCGAAAGGAAAAACUGCAGCAGAUGAAGGAGGAGCACAGGACUCAAAAACUGAUGGCCAACAAGGAACUGUCUGAAGUGCAGAGUGAGUUAGUGACUCUUGAAGAGAAGAACAAGCAGACGGAGACUAACCUGAUGAUUAAGGAAGGAGUUGCUAAAGAGAAAGUUGGAGAGGGGGCACGAUUGCUUAUGGCUAUUGACAACUUGGCUCAGCAGUGUUACCUUCCAACUUAUGGACUUAUUGAAAGCAUGAAUGUAUUGAUCAAGAUGGAUAUGAUAAAGGAAUACAUUUUGGACAAAGCGGACACAGAGAGGCGAGUGAAGAAGCUGAGGGACUCGGGCUCAGCGCUGAAGAGUGCAGGAUCUACAGCAGACAAACAACACAAGGGAUCAUUUAGAAGUAUUGAAAAUAAAUCUAAGAUAAAAAAUAUGAGUACAGUCAGUCAAAAAAGUGCUGCUUUUAAGUGAUGGUAUCUUGGCAGAUGUAGUUUUUAUUUAUUUACUUUUACUUCACCUUUAUUUUACCAGGAAAUUCCAUUGAGAUUAGAUCUCUUUUUCAAGGGAAACCUGGAUUGAGAGUCAUCCUCACAAGAAAAUAAAUACUGUUAAAAGAAUAGAGUAGAAAUAAAAUGAAAUUAAAAUGAACCGUUUAACAAUAAUUAAAAGGUUAAUCAUGAGUAAUACAGUAAGGUCGAGAUUAACAUGCAUAUUUCUUUUAAAAGCUCAGAACAUUUGGAACAUAUUUUGAUGCAUUCUUUUUUUGCAAGUCUAGUAAUUAUAAUAAAUAUAUGGGGUUUAAAAAAUCAUUGCACCAUUUGUAUGUUAAAAAUUGUUUAAAUUCUGUUAAUAUAUUUAAACUUUUAACAUCAAAACAUUGGAACAGUCUGUUAAUUGUUGUUGUUUUUUAAUUAAAAUUCAACAGAAAUGCUGAUGUUAGACAAAAUGUGAUAUGGAUAGAAAAUGUGUUGUCAUGUGACUGAAUUAGUCUAAAUAUAUUUUAUUUUGUUUUAUAAGUACUGUAAAUGUUGGAUGAAAAUAAAAAAAAUUCUGUUAUAAAAAUGAA